CCUCAGCGUGGCUCGGAGAUGUGUUUGGAGCUGUCCAUGAGUCUUUCCAACAUCACCAGGGAGACGUCAGGCAUGCCAAGUCACAGAUGGCUCGGCUCGCCAAACAGGCCCAGGCCUCCCACACCCAGGGCUGUCAGAAAUUCCACCUUCUGGGGACCUUCGGGAGACCGCCGCCGAGUCAGGAGGUAGCUGCAGGACGUGGCUGGGGCACGCGGCCCCCAGCGCCCGCCGGCAGCCGGGGAUCAGCGCCGGCCCCGCCAAAGGAAAACAAGGCGGGGAUACUAAAGCGGAGCGGAGAGGUCCCGGCCGCCCUCCCAGGGCGUCUGCCCACCCUCACCGAGGAGCACGGGAACGGCCAGGUGAGAGGGGCAUGUGACACUCGGCCUCCGGCGGUGGCAGCGCAGCCCCUGCCCCCUCACGGAGCGCACAGUACAGAUGAAGAGGCAGAGCCGGCGAGAGGGGCCCCAGGACUCAGCUCCCCGGAACGCGUCCCCGCGUGCAGUGGGGUGGGCGAGGACCCCGGCCCACCUCCUUCCCACCUGCCUCCGAAGAGAGGGUGAAAACAUUCCAGAUGA